CAUGUACCACCUAUUUACACUGUUACCAAUAAACAUUGUUUGAUGUUCAGGAAUGGCUUUCUUGGAGGUGGCGAUCGAAGCCGACGUGAGCCGCUUCGAGGACCCUGACUUCGAGGAGGUGGCUCGCAGGAACUGUAACGAGCAUCCAGAGACAAGACAGAAGGUCAUUCAGGAACUACGUUCUAUGAUCAUUGAGCGCGGCGAAUGCCACCCGCGCCGCCUGGACGAUGCCUACCUUCUGAAAUUCUUGCGCUGUCGCCGAUUCAUACCUGCGCUAACUCAUAAACUGAUGUUGCGGUAUCAAGACUUCCAGCACCGUCACGCGGCCCUCUACGACUGCGACCUGUUCGACCUGGUGAAGGUGCAGUACGUAUACGCUGGUGUGUUGCCCGAGAGCCCCAAGAGUGGUCGGACCAUCCUCAUGAGGUUCGGUCGUUGGGACGUGAACGCCGUGACCGCCGAGGAUGUGAUGCGGGCAGCCCUGGCUAUGACCGAGAUAGCAUCGCAGCAACCCAAGAUCCAGGUCAUGGGCGCCUCCAUCGUAGUAGACCUCGAGGGCUUGCACCUGCGGCAGCUGAGGCAGUUCACGGCCAACAUCGCGCACCAGACUAUCAGUUUGAUGGGGGUGAACUUCCCCAUACAAAUCCACGGCGUCCACUUGGUCAACUACAACUGGCUGCUCACCAGUGUCUUCUACCUGGCCAAGCAGUUUAUCCCCAUAGGAGCCCUCAAAAGGAUCCAUUUCCAUGGCAGUGAUAUGAGCUCCCUUCACCAACACAUAGACCCGGAGACUUUACCACCAGAGUAUGGGGGAUGUUGCCGACAUGUUGUGACUUUCGAAGACUGGCUACCAGGAAUUCAGAAGUACAUGAAUAGAAAUGAGUUCCUAGAACGAGAGAUGAGAGACUUGGGGUAUAGUUUUGAAAGUGAUGAUAGUAAAUGUGAUAGUAGAAUAUGGCUUGAAGAAAUGUUAGCAUGAUAUAAAUGUAGAGAAAGACGCUAUGAACUAGUUGACUAUUAGAUUAUCAUUUGAAGAGCUUUAAAAACGAUAUUAAAGGAAGAAUCACUUGUAAGAUUACUAGUGAUGUUCAUGUCAACAGGAGUUAGUAGAAUAACAAUGUCGAGAAAUGGAUGGGCCUCCAAAGCUCUGCUAAACUAAUCAAGUUAAAAACUGCUUCCUGCAAAAAAAUUCCGACGCGAAAUCCCACCAAAAACGUCCUGUAAAAACCAUAUUGCCAAGUCUCUGUGAAGCUGUUUGUUUCUAUAUAAAAAUGCCAAUCCAUGCCUGAGGUUUAUUACUGGUAUUUCUUUAUGUAUAGUUUGAAUUUAUGUGAAUUGAUCGACAAAAAAAACCUGGAACUUGG